AGAGGUGGCGGAGGCGGCGGCGGUGGCGUGACCCUGGGGCUAGGUUCUGCUGGUGGGGUCGUGUUGCUUCUCUGUGUCCUGCCUAGUCCCUGCGGCCCCUGCUCUGGCCCGUCCCGGUCGCCAUGGCGCUGUUCCGACGCCCCGCGGUGUCUAAUGGUUUGGAGGAUGUUAACAAAGGAAUUAAUUCAAAAGCCACGAUGCAAGUUACUGUUAGAAGAGCUGCUCUUGAAGAAAUUGGAAAUAAAGUUACAACCAGAGGAGCACAAGUAGCUAAGAAAGUUGAGAAAACAAAAGUACUUGUGAAAAAAACCAAAACCACAAAUGUCAUAAGAGAAGUAAAGCCUACAGCUACUGUGAAACCAGUGCCAAAGGAAACUUUAGCUCCAAAGAGUCUGUCUCCAACCCCUAUGGAAGUUUCUGUGAAGGAAGAAGACUUGUGCCAGGCUUUCUCUAAUGCACUGUUAUGCAAGAUAGAGGACAUUGAUGAUGAAGAUUGGGAGAAUCCUCAGCUUUGCAGUGACUACGUUAAGGAUAUUUACCAGUAUCUGAGACAACUUGAGGUUCAGCAAUCUAUAAACCCACAUUUCUUAGAUGGAAAAGACAUCAAUGGGCGUAUGCGAGCCAUCCUGGUUGAUUGGUUGGUACAAGUCCAUUCCAAAUUUCACCUUCUGCAGGAAACUCUUUAUAUGUGUAUUGCAAUCAUGGAUCGUUUCUUACAAGUUCAGCCAGUCUCUAGGAAGAAGCUUCAGCUAGUUGGAGUGACGGCGCUUCUUUUGGCUUCCAAGUAUGAAGAGAUAUUUUCUCCAAAUGUUGAGGACUUUGUUUACAUCACAGACAGUGCAUACACUAGCUCUCAAAUUCGAGAAAUGGAAAUUUUGAUUCUGAAAGAACUGAAGUUUGAAUUGGGCCGACCACUUCCACUGCACUUCUUAAGACGAGCAUCGAAAGCUGGUGAGGCAGAUGCUGAACAGCAUACAUUAGCCAAAUACUUGAUGGAGCUAACAAUUGUUGACUACGACAUGGUGCAUUAUCAUCCCUCCGAGAUAGCUGCUGCUGCUUCUUGCUUGUCUCAAAAGGUUUUAGGUCAAGGAAAAUGGAGCCUAAAGCAACAGUAUUAUACUGGUUAUUCAGAGAAUGAUGUAUUGGAAGUGAUGCAGCAUAUGGCCAAGAAUAUAGUAAAAGUAAAUGAAAACUUGACAAAAUUUAUUCUUCCAAACUGAUAUUCCUGAAGCAAAGGUUUGCCUACACCUCUAUCCUACUGAAGAAAUCUUAGUGUCACGCUAUCACCUUAAGGAUCAAGGAUGCAAGCUCCUUUGUCAUUUAAAGCCCUACAUGACCAGGAUCCAGCCUACUUUGUGCAUUCUACAUUCCACCUCGACUGGUUUUGCUGUUCGUCAUGCAUGAUGGUCCAUCUCCCAACUCCAAGCUUUGGCAUUGGCUGUCUCCCCUGCCUCGAGUGCAAUCUCUUCUCUUACCUCCAUUUAUUCGAAUACCUAGGUCUUUUAAAGGCUCAAUUCAAGUGCCACAUCCUCCAUAAUUCCUGCCCCCCCCCUCAGGUUUUAGCAUCCUCCCUGCAAUGGCUUUGGAUUUAUACUUUGCAUAUAUUUUGCAUUUCAUUAUUUGUACAUGACAAAUAGAAUGUAAGCCUCUCAAAGGC